GCGUCACGCGCCGAACAAGAGAGAUCCGGAACCGGAAGAAAACAAGCGCUGCUUCAGCUUCAUCUGCUGAUCUGUGAAUGAGGAAGAUGGACAAUUUAAUAUCAAUAAACUGCGUUAAACUUCUGAUCACCGCUUUAUUUUACACACGUGUGUGUUCCAGCUCCGUGGAGCAGAAGAUCUACGUGGAGCUGAAUGAAACGGUUCCGUGCGUCCGGCUGCUGAACGCCACGCAUCAGAUCGGCUGUCAGUCCUCUAUUUCAGGAGACACGGGGGUCCUGCAUGUUCUGGAGACGGAGUCGGACCUGGACUGGAUUCUCAGCUCGGGACCGCAUCCUCCGUACAUGGUGAUCAUGGAGACGGCCUUCUUCAACAGUUCAGUGAUGAUGAGGAUGAAGAACUCGUCCAGAGUGUCUGGAGUCGCUGUGAUUAUCUCAAAAACAGGCCUUGCUGAUCAUUUCUCACCCCACACGACCUGCCCCAACCAGAACACAGGUGUGUAUUCUGAGACUUACGGCUCUGAACUGGCCAACUGUAACGGGACCAAGUGGAAUCCUCUCGGGAACGGACUCUCCUACGAAGACUUCGCUUUCCCUGUGUUUGCUCUGAAAGAUGAGAAUCAGACUCAGGUCAUCCGUAAGUGUUACGAGGAUCAUAAUCUGCGUGUGAACGGAAGCGCUCCUCAGUAUCCUCUGUGUGCCAUGCAGCUCUUCUCACACAUGCAUGCUGUGACCGACACCGUGACCUGCAUGAGACGCACGGACCUGCAGAACCGCUUCAGCAUCAACCCAGAAGUCCUGUGUGACCCGUUGAGUGACUUUAACGUCUGGACGUCCACGGUGCCCCUCAACAACAGCGCCAAGGGCCACGCGGCCAAUCAGAGCGUCGUCCUCGCGGCGACCCGGCUCGACGGCAGGUCGUUCUUCUGGGAGCAGGCUCCGGCGGCCGAAGGAACCGUGUCUGGGAUCGUCACCCUGUUGGCCGCCAUUCAAGCCCUCUCUCCUGUCACUCAAGAAGCUCCGCCCCCUCGCAAUAUCUUCUUCACCUUCUUCCAAGGGGAAGCCUUUGACUACAUCGGCAGCUCAAAAAUGGUGUAUGACAUGGAAAAAAAUGAUUUUGUUAUUGACUUGAAAAAUGUGCACUCCAUGCUGGAAAUUGGGCAGGUCGGCCUGCGCCGUGGGCGGAGCCUCUGGAUGCACACGGACCCCAUAUCCAGGAAAAAUGACUCUGUUAAUGAAGAGGUGUUGGCUCUGAUGAAUAGACUGCAGUCUGUCUCUGUGGAUCUGAAUGUACCGGUGGGUCACCCGUCAGUCAGUCAGUCGCUGCCUCCCUCGUCUCUCCAGCGGUUUCUUCGAGCCGGACCAAUCCCGGGCCUCGUGCUGGCGGACCAUGAAACAUCCUUCAACAACAGAUACUACGAGAGCAUGUACGACGACGCUGAGAACCUGAACAUGACGUAUCCUCCGGAGCUGAGUCCAGACGAGCAGCUGACCUACGAGACGGACGAGGCCAAGUCUCUGGCAGAAGUGGCCACACUCGUCGCUCGCUCGCUUUACUUACAGGCAGGAGGACAAGAGAACAACCUGAUCAACAUCACCGCUGACCCUAAGAUUGUCGCUCAGUUGCUGUAUGGUUUUCUAGUUCAGAAGAAUAACAGCUGGUUUCGGUCACUUCUUCCUCCUGAAGUCACUAAGAAAGGAGACAACAGCAUCUUGAGCUCUGGUCCUCCUCAGUUCUACAUCGGCCUCGGUCCUCGCAUCCACGGCCCGGUUCACAGCGUCACGCGCUUCGUUCAGUACAUUCUGGCUAAUCUGACAGGAAGCGUCACCAACCUCACCGAGAAGCAGUGCCAGAACCCCGGCGAGAUCAGCAGCGAGAACAAAGACUUGUAUGCGUAUUUCUGGGUGUCCGGUCCGGCGGCGGUGAACAGCAGCGGAGAGCCGUUCUGCGUCCAAGCGUCUGUGCGUCUCUCUAAAGCCGUGUCUCCUGCCUUCGAGCUGCUGGAGUACGGCUCCACAAACUACUCCACGUGGACCGAGUCUCGCUGGAAGAGCAUCCGGGCGCGCAUCUUCCUGGUGGCCAGCCGGGAGCUGGAGAUGUUAACACUGGGAGUGGGCGUGGCCGUGCUGCUGCUGUCUCUAUUGGUGACGUACUUCAUCAGCUCGAAGGCGGAGCUUCUGUUUAGCUCCACCCGUGAAACGUCCACAACGACCUACUGAACAAAACCAGAGUCCAGGAUCUCCAGCCGCUCAUUCAUUUCCCUUCAGAACACAAACACACUUCAGUUCACGAGUAAUUUAUUCAAAGCUGUCAAGACUCUUGUUGGUUUUGCCGCACUGGUUUUAUCUGGGCUGGUCUGAACCGGUCUGGACUCUCCUGGAAAGUUGUUCAUAUUUUAUUUUGUUUUUUUUGUCAUCUUUUUUUUAUAAUUCCAGAUGUUUGUUUUCUGAUCAUGACAUGGACGGGCACAAAACUAAAAGCUGAUUUUUAGUGUUUAAUGACAAGUGUGUGUGUGUGUGUGUGUGUGUGUGUGUGUGUGUGUGUGUGUGUGUGUGUGUGUGUGUGCGCGCAAUUCUGAAUGCAGUGAGAAUGUGCAAUAGCUUACUGGUUUAGCUAAACCUCAUCUCGACGUGUAUCUCUGUUUUUUCUGUUCUGUCGUACCUGAGCAGAGUCGAUUCGCUGAUAAUAAACUCCAAACACAGACUGUCCUCGAUGAAUCACCGAAUCAUGUUUCCACUGAAGACGAGGAGCUUUAAACAACCAAAUUAACUGCGUUUGUUCGUUUCUUAACUCCAGUUGAAUGAAAGCUGUUUGAUUAAUGAUGACAUUAUUUUUCUCUGAGAAACUGAUGCCUUGAGAACCUGAAUAAACAUGACUUUCUUUUA